CAAAAGAAAAGCGUUUUUGCGUUCGCUACGUUGCGUUAAUAUAAUAAUAAUUAAUAUAAUAAUAAUAACACGUUGAUACGUUAAUAUAAUACGUUAGUAUAUCAGGUACGAAUUUCUGUGUAAGAGGCAAAUAUCGGCUAUUACUGCCAAACGCCUCUAUAAUUCAAAAGAAACAAUUUCUGUGUGCAAAGGCCUGAAGCCGUACAAAAGUGCCUGUUUGAACAAAAUGUGUAAGUGCAUUGCUGGAACUUGUGUUUGCUGCUGCUGCCAGUGUGCGAUGAGCAUUUUUAUUUCGCUUCUAUUUGUUGGCAUAUUGAUUGCCAUAGCGGUUGCUCUGGGAAUUUACUUCGGUCUGCUGAAUGUCGACGAUACUGCACCAGAUGUUUCUGAUUUUGUCCACAAAACUGGCGAUUCUAUAAAAGACAGUAUCAAAGAUAAGUUUAACUAAAACACUGACUGCAAUGGCAAACAUGAAUUCAAGUUCUCCAACGCUCCAACAAUACGUGUUGCUUGCAAAGGGAGUGAAAGGAGCAGCAUGCCUAGAGCUUAUCAAACAAGUGCUCGAAGCACCAGGAGUUCACGUUUUCGGUGAAUUAUUGGCCAUGCCCAACAUAGAAGAGCUGCAAAACGGUCCCAAUGCAAAAUACUACAAUACUUUAAACUUGUUUGCCUAUGGCACGUACCGUCAGUACCUAGAAAAUGAAUCGGAACUGAUCGAGCUCACUCCAGGAAUGCGCAAGAAGCUGCAACAUCUCACGAUUGUUUCUUUGGCCAUCAAAAACAAAUGUAUACCAUACAGCGAGCUAUUGGAGGAGCUGGACAUCAAAAACGUGCGCGUGCUAGAGGAUUUGAUUAUCGAAGCCAUCUACGCAGACGUUGUGCACGGAAAGCUUGACCAGAAAAACAAACAGCUUGAGGCAGACUACGCCAUCGGACGGGACAUUCGCACGGGCGACGUGACGGAGAUCGCUGGUACUCUCCAGGAAUGGAGUGACUCAUGUGAAACGAUAUUGUCCUGUCUGGAAGCUCAAAUUCACAGAGCCAAUGCUGAAAAGCAGAAGCGUGUGAAACAUAAAGAAGGAAUCGAGCAAGAGAUUGCCAACUUGAAAAAAGCUAUAAAAACGCAAGCAGUAGAAUCUGAUGAGGCGAUGGCCACCGACACUGGUCGCGAGAUCUCGGGUGGGUCGGAACUACGUAAAAAAUCCUCCAAAUCCAAGAGCCUUAAGGGCUGCGGUGCCGUAAAGUCAGUAUCGAAAUGAUUGGCUUAAUAAACUACCAAGGAUACAAACGCGAUGCCAACGAAGCUUGGGAUGGAAGGGGGAUUAGUUUAUUUAUGCUUUUGUUCCCCAAAAGUACUUGCGUUUCUCAGCGGUCGCGUGUAACGGAAUCAAAUUGUGAAACAACAUCCAAACAAAUAAAAUUCCUUCAAAUUUCAC